ACUCCACACCUGGCUGGAGCAAGAAAUGCCGAGCGGUGCCUGAGCCCCAGGGAAGCAAGCUAGGGUGUGAGAGACACAGUCACUUGCAGCCUAAUUACUCAAAAGCUGUCCCCAGGCCACAGAAGGGAGAGGACAUUUCCUACUGAAUCUGUCUGAAGGACACUAAGCCCCACAGCUCAACACAACCAGGAGAGAAAGCGCUGAGGACGCCACCCAAGCGCCCAGCGAUGGCCCUGCCUGGAGAACAUCCAGGCUCAGUGAGGAAGGGUCCAGAAGGGAAUGCUUGCCGACUCGCUGGAGAACAAUGAAAAGGAGGAAACUGUGACUGAACCUCAAACCCCAAACCAGCCCGAGGAGAACUACAUUCUCCCAGGGACCCAGGGCGGGCCGUGACCCCUGCAGGGGAGAAGCCUUGGACAUUUCCAUUUCAGAAGCCUACUGGGGAAGGCUGAGGGGUCCCAGCUCCCCACGCUGGCUGCUGUGCAGAUGCUGGACGACAGAGCCAGGAUGGAGGCCGCCAAGAAGGAGAAGGUAGAGCAGAUCCUGGCAGAGUUCCAGCUGCAGGAGGAGGACCUGAAGAAGGUGAUGAGACGGAUGCAGAAGGAGAUGGACCGUGGCCUGAGGCUGGAGACCCAUGAAGAGGCCAGUGUGAAGAUGCUGCCCACCUACGUGCGCUCCACCCCAGAAGGCUCAGAAGUCGGGGACUUCCUCUCCCUGGACCUGGGUGGCACUAACUUCAGGGUGAUGCUGGUGAAGGUGGGAGAAGGUGAGGAGGGGCAGUGGAGCGUGAAGACCAAACACCAGAUGUACUCCAUCCCCGAGGACGCCAUGACCGGCACUGCUGAGAUGCUCUUCGACUACAUCUCUGAGUGCAUCUCCGACUUCCUGGACAAGCAUCAGAUGAAGCACAAGAAGCUGCCCCUGGGCUUCACCUUCUCCUUUCCUGUGAGGCACGAAGACAUCGAUAAGGGCAUCCUUCUCAACUGGACCAAGGGCUUCAAGGCCUCAGGAGCAGAAGGGAACAAUGUCGUGGGGCUUCUGCGAGACGCUAUCAAACGGAGAGGGGACUUUGAAAUGGAUGUGGUGGCAAUGGUGAAUGACACGGUGGCCACGAUGAUCUCCUGCUACUACGAAGACCAUCAGUGCGAGGUCGGCAUGAUCGUGGGCACGGGCUGCAAUGCCUGCUACAUGGAGGAGAUGCAGAAUGUGGAGCUGGUGGAGGGGGACGAGGGCCGCAUGUGCGUCAAUACCGAGUGGGGCGCCUUCGGGGACUCUGGCGAGCUGGACGAGUUCCUGCUGGAGUAUGACCGCCUGGUGGACGAGAGCUCUGCAAACCCCGGUCAGCAGCUGUAUGAGAAGCUCAUAGGUGGCAAGUACAUGGGCGAGCUGGUGCGGCUCGUGCUGCUCAGGCUCGUGGACGAAAACCUGCUCUUCCACGGGGAGGCCUCCGAGCAGCUGCGCACACGCGGAGCCUUCGAGACGCGCUUCGUGUCGCAGGUGGAGAGCGACACGGGCGACCGCAAGCAGAUCUACAACAUCCUGAGCACGCUGGGGCUGCGACCCUCGACCACCGACUGCGACAUCGUGCGCCGCGCCUGCGAGAGCGUGUCUACGCGCGCUGCGCACAUGUGCUCGGCGGGGCUGGCGGGCGUCAUCAACCGCAUGCGCGAGAGCCGCAGCGAGGACGUAAUGCGCAUCACUGUGGGCGUGGAUGGCUCCGUGUACAAGCUGCACCCCAGCUUCAAGGAGCGGUUCCAUGCCAGCGUGCGCAGGCUGACGCCCAGCUGCGAGAUCACCUUCAUCGAGUCGGAGGAGGGCAGUGGCCGGGGUGCGGCCCUGGUCUCGGCGGUGGCCUGUAAGAAGGCCUGUAUGCUGGGCCAGUGAGAGCAGUGGCCGCAAGCGCAGGGAGGAUGCCACAGCCCCACAGCACCCAGGCUCCAUGGGGAAGUGCUCCCCACACGUGCUCGCAGCCUGGCGGGGCAGGAGGCCUGGCCUUGUCAGGACCCAGGCCCCCUGCCAUACCGCUGGGGAACAGAGCGGGCCUCUUCCCUCAGUUUUUCGGUGGGACAGCCCCAGGGCCCUAACGGGGGUGCGGCAGGAGCAGGAACAGAGACUCUGGAAGCCCCCCACCUUUCUCGCUGGAAUCAAUUUCCCAGAAGGGAGUUGCUCACUCAGGACUUUGCUGCAUUUCCACACUGUCAGAGCUGUUGGCCUCGCCUGGGCCCAGGCUCUGGGAAGGGGUGCCCUCUGGAUCCUGCUGUGGCCUCACUUCCCUGGGAACUCAUCCUGUGUGGGGAGGCAGCUCCAACAGCUUGACCAGACCUAGACCUGGGCCAAAAGGGCAGCCAGGGGCUGCUCAUCACCCAGUCCUGGCCAUUUUCUUGCCUGAGGCUCAAGAGGCCCAGGGAGCAAUGGGAGGGGGCUCCAUGGAGGAGGUGUCCCAAGCUUCGAAUACCCCCAGAGACCUUUUCUCUCCCAUACCCCCAUCACUGAGUGGCUUGUGAUUCUGGGAUGGACCCUCGCAGCAGGUGCAAGAGACAGAGCCCCCAAGCCUCUGCCCCAAGGGGCCCACAAAGGGGAGAAGGGCCAGCCCUACAUCUUCAGCUCCCAUAGCGCUGGCUCAGGAAGAAACCCCAAGCAGCAUUCAGCACACCCCAAGGGACGACCCCAUCAUAUGACAUGCCACCCUCUCCAUGCCCAACCUAAGAUUGUGUGGGUUUUUUUAAUUAAAAAUGUUAAAAGUUUUAAA